AUGUUUCGAAAAUAAUUAAAAUCGGUUGAUGAUAAAAAGACUAAUAAUCAAUCACCUUAUCGUUUAAAUUUCUUUAAUAACUAAAUUAAGAAUAAAAGGGAUUAAGACUUAGGAUAAGCUCAAGACAUUCUAAAUAGAAGAAGAUUAAAGAAAAAGGAAUCUCUUUCAAUAUCAAACACAUUUCAUUUUGAUGACCAACAACCUGCUUCAUUCAAUAGUUUUUUUGUUCAUUCAUAGAAAAAGCAAUAGAUAAAAGAUAAACUAGUUACUGAAAUAGGGAAUUGCGGAUCUUAUAGAAAAAGAGUAGAAACAUUACAUACAUAAUAAUUUUCAGAUGAUGACGCAAGAUUACAUAUUGAUCGAUAAAAUGAAAGAUUAAGAUUGAAACUUUAUUUUAGUUUUCAAAAGAUGUAAAUAAGAUUGGUCAAUUUAAUCAAUCUUAUUUAAUAAAUAGAUGUAUGUACUUUAAAUAUUUACAUUUCUGAAAUUUCUUCUGGGACAAUUGAAAUUAUUGGAGUAUAAAAAUCAAAAUAAUUAGGGUUAUUAUAGAUAGUAUAAAAGAUUUAUGAUAAAUGAAUGUAUUGGUUUAGUUUUCUAUUUAAUGAUUAAGAGAGGGAUACUAACAGGGAUUGAUAUAAAUAAAUGGGAGAAAUUACUCAUUUAUAGUCAUUAAGCAAAUACUAUUUAAACAAUCACCUCUCUUAAAUUAUAGAUUAAAGGUGUUUAAUAAUAUUUACAUCAGUUUUAGUAAUUUCAAAGUAUGAAUCCACUAAUUCCUAGUCAAAUUGAAAAAAUGAAUUUAUUAAUUGAAUAAAAUAUAGAUAAAUUGCUAAAGUACAUGUUCAAAAAUAUGAAGGAAUACAUAAGAUAAAUAAGUUCAAUAGCAUCUUUAAGCUUAUCGAGAUUCAUAAAUUGAUGCAGCAUUUUAAUUUUACUAAUAAAAGCUUAAAGUGAUUAUUGUCAAUCUUGAAAGAUUUUUAUUUUUGCUACCUAAAAGUUCAACUGUUUAUACAUUAGUAUUGGAUUUAGAUGAAACAUUAGUUCAUUUUAUAGAAGAAACUCAAGAAGUAUUAAUUAGACCAUACACAGAGAUAUUUUUAGAAUAAAUGGGUAAACAUUUUGAAAUUGUUAUAUUUACAGCAGGAAUCCAAUCAUAUGCAGAUAAGUAUUUAAUUAUUUGAUUAUUUUAAGGAUUAUAGAUAAAAUUGAUAUUAUGAAUGUAGUAAAACAUAGAUUAUAUAGACAUCAUACUUUUUCAUAAGGAAAUGUAAUGUUGAAAGAUUUAAGUACUUUGGGUAGACCUUUAUCAAAAACUAUUAUUGUAGAUAAUAAUCCAUAUAAUUUUGUUUUAUAACCACAUAAUGGUAUUAAAAUAAAAGCUUGGAUUGGAGAUGAAAAAGAUAGAGCCUUAGUUGAAUUGAUGCAAUUCUUAAUAAAAUUGACUAAAUAUGAGGAUAUAAGAAUUGGUUUAAAAGAAUUGAAAGCCAACCCUCAUUAUUUUACAACUUCUUUCUGA